CGUGCGGCUGCAUAUUCCCGCGCUCAAAACAACCGAACAAAUAUGCAGUCAAUCUGCUCUGCGCAUCCCAUCCUGUGAAAGUUUUCACUUUCACUUGCACCAUAAAUUCUAAUGGAUUCAGAAUCGUCACUUUCUUCUGCUAGCACGUUUAAUCUCUUCCGUGCAAAACCUCAACCGGGUAUAGGCCUAGGGUUCCUUGAUGCCCCAGAAAAACCUGCCUCCCCACCACCUCCUUGCCAAGAAGUCCUCCCCUCGCAGGCUUCGCAAAAUCCGAACUUUACCAUGGAGCCUGUGGUUGUGGAUGGACUUACUAUGUUAAAGGGAAGAGUGAGUACAAAGGAAGUUUUCGGGUUAUCCAAUUCAGAUUUAGUCCCUGGGAAGUAUGAAGGAGGGCUCAAACUCUGGGAAGGUUCAUUAGAUCUUGUGAAAAUUCUCAACUCAGAAGUAAAAGAGGAAAAACUGUCAUUCAUUGGAAAGAGAGUUUUAGAGCUUGGUUGUGGUCAUGGACUACCUGGGAUAUUUGCCAUCUCUCAGGCUGCUGCUGCUGUGCAUUUCCAGGAUUUUAAUGCUGAGGUCCUGCGGUGUCUCACCAUUCCAAAUGUAAAUGCCAAUACCCAGCAAAUGGGUAUAUCCUCAGUAAAAAAGAGUUCUGAGGCUGAACUGCGUUACUUUGCAGGGGACUGGAGUGACAUUCAUUGCAUUCUUCCUCUUACUCAUGAUAAUGAUAUAAGUGAGGGUCAAACUGUGAAUGGCACUGCAUGUUAUGAUAUAAUUCUCAUGGCUGAAACAGUUUAUUCAAUGUCCGCACUUCCCAGUCUUUAUAAACUUGUUGAAAAGUGCACAAGUAGUCCUCAUGGAGUGGUCUAUGUAGCUGCUAAAAAGCAUUACUUUGGAGUUGGCGGGGGAUCAAGACAAUUUGUUUCAAUGGUGGAGAAAUAUGGUGUUUUUAAGGCUGUUCUUGUGGCCGAGAUUGCAGAUGGUUCAUCUAAUGUUCGAGAGGGGCGGAUCUGCCAGGGGGGCAAAGGGGGCCGGUGCCCCUGCUUCGUCCGUACGAGCUAGGUAUAAGGGAGGGCUUGGGGGGCGGCGCAGGGUUGGUCCAUAGUUUCCGGCGGACAAUGGGUGUGUUGCAGACCGUCUGGAAGAUAGGGACGAUGGGAGAGGGGUGUUGUUUUUGUUUAAUUGGGACGACGCCGUUUCAGUUGUAAGCAAAAAAAAUGCAGGGCCUAUCCGGCCAACACCUAAGGCCUAAAGCCCAAGUCUAAAGCCCAAGCCUUUGGCUGUUACAGACCAGAGCAGCAACCAACUGACCAAGUAAUCAACGCAAUACGCAUAGCUUUGGUCCAAUCGCCAAACUAAUUAAUGAUUUGGUAUCCAUUACUCCGUAUCUUAUUAUAUUAAAAUAAGAUGACUAUAAUAAAUUACUAGUGGAUAAUAGUCUAAAUUAAUUAAUUUUGUUUUUGGUAAUUAUUAUUCAGAAUGUGAAUAAAAAAAAUCCAAAAUAAAGUAUCG